GAAACUGCAUGCGAUUCCCAAACUCUCAAAAAGGGGGAGUUAGAGAAGUAGAUCGGGAAGAGGAAGAAGAACAAAUCAUAAAAAUACCGUUUUUAUGUUUUGAGAGGAAUUUUCAUCAGAACUCCUGCGCUGGUUUGGAUUUCACGAAGGAGAGGCUAUUCCUCCCUUGUUCUUCUGUUUCCCGAGGCUUGAUCAGUUUGUUCUGUCAUUCGCUCUGUUUGCAAUAUCGUCUCGUUUCUGCUUUUAAUCUUUUAUCGAAGAUCAAAGCAAUCCAGAAAGAGAAGAAAAAAAGAUUUAUACUUUGAACCUUUGCGGGUGUCUUUUUAUGGUAUUUUUCUGAUAAAGUUAUAAGAAGGUCCAAGUUACAACCUUUUUUGCGAUGGUUCGAGUCGAGCGAGAAGGAAGAAGAAGUGACGCAGUUUUGACAUUGGAGGAGCAUCGGAUGAUGGAAAGCUCGGAUUUUGAAGGUUUGAGCGAGAAGAAUUGUCGGAUUGAGGAGCACGAAGGAAUAGAACUAGAGAGCGGGAACUCUAAGCACUGCGCAAGAGGGCACUGGAGACCAGCAGAGGAUGCCAGACUUAAAGAUCUCGUUGCUCAAUAUGGCCCCCAAAACUGGAAUCUCAUUGCUGAGAAACUAGAAGGAAGAUCGGGGAAGAGCUGCAGGUUGAGAUGGUUCAACCAGUUGGAUCCAAGGAUUAACAAGAAGGCAUUCAGCGAGGAGGAGGAAGAUAGACUUCUCUCUGCUCACAGGCUCUAUGGAAACAAAUGGGCGCUUAUAUCCAGGCUUUUCCCUGGAAGAACUGAUAAUGCUGUCAAGAAUCAUUGGCAUGUGAUCAUGGCGAGAAGGCAAAGAGAGCAAUCCAAUGCUUACAGAAGAAGAAAGCCCUGCACUUCAUCCAAGUUUGAUAAAAGAAUGGAGGUAAAAUACAGCAAUAAUGCUUGCAGUGCAGAGUCCACCAUUUCCAGCAAUGGAUUUGAUAACUUGUGUAUCAGCAGAGGCUUUCCAGGUCAUGGAUUCUUAACCAGAUAUAGCCUCCCACAGCCUGCCCCGCGAUUUGAGUACCUCAUUGAUGGAAAGUUGGCAGAAGGAAGAAAUGGAUGCUAUGAGAGAAUUUUUGACCCUACCGUUGAAUUACGACAAGCUUCCCCCCUGAUUCCAGUGCCAGGGAUUCAUCACUCCGGAUUAUCUGAUUCAAUUUCUGAGGCUUCAGCAACUGAUUCAGUGAUCAACAAUGCUUUCAUAUCUGAGGAGGCAGAAGAACUUGAGACGGAGAAGAUUAGCUUUCCUUUCAUUGAUUUUCUUGGUGUUGGAGCCACAUAGGAUCCAUAAGGAGUGCUAAUAUUUAUAGGAUAAUUUCGGAGCGCUAAUCAAAUGCUGCACCUUUUUCCGUAUUGCAGGAGCUCUCCAUUCUUCUGUUCUUAAGAAUCUUUCUCCUGAAGUUAUUAUCAAA